UUUUGUUUUGAUUUCUGGGGCUUCACACCCAUGUGGACGCUAUUGGAGUUUAUAUUUUAGCUCAUUUACCCAUGACAAUGUGGGGAAGAAUUUCUGGGAGAGUAUGUAGGGUUGCUACCACGAAAAGUUGGCGUCCACGAGAUGUAACUGGUUCCAGCCCGCUGCAAAUAAUUACCAAAUGCAAUCACAACAACACCGAACAGAAGUUUCCAAAUUUAGUUUUGAAAAAUAGAAGGAAUGACUAUAAAAAACACAAUUCUGGCAACUCCACUUUUGGCAAAAUCACUUUUCCCUUUUUAGUAUUAAUUGCAGCAUCGAUAAACCAUGAGGAAACAGAUUUGGAAGAAACAAAACUUGUGGGAGAUGGAAAUAGAGACAUUGCUUUGCUGAUAAUGAAGGGACGCAAGAUGUUAAAAGAAAAAUGCAGCUUUGAAAAAAUAGAAGAAGUUUAUAUAGAAGCAUUGCAUCUUGCUUUGACUCGAAAAGAUCGUAACACGAUCGCCUACGUUCAGGACCAGCUUGCAAAUUUAGCGCUACGAUUCAAUAAACUUGAAAAAGCGGAAGAGCUUUUUAAACACGUAAUUAGGAACUUACUGGAUGGAGGAAUUAAGGAAAAUGAUAGAUCUAUUAUUGAAAUUUCAUUAAAACUGGCAACUAUAUAUGCUUCGACAAAUAAACAUGACUUAGCUAUUUCUGGAUAUAAUUGGACCAUCGAAUCAUGUAGAUCAAAUUUAGAAGAACUGAAAAAAACUAAAUUGAAAACAGUUGAGCAGAAAGAAGAUUAUGAUAAUCAAUUUGCAUUGUUAGGGAUGACGCUCGAUUCUUAUGGCCGAUACCAUUUCGCCAUGGGAAGGUCAAAAGAAGCGUUAGAGGUCACAAAAGAAGCCAAAGACAUUUCAAUAAAACUUUUCGGAGAAAAUGACAUUCGAACACUGGUUUUAUACAAUGAUAUUGGCUCUAUUUUAAGCCAAAUGGGGAACAUUGAAGAGGCGACAGAAAUUUUAGAAAAAGUUGUUUCCAUAGCGAACAAAACAAAAAAUAUUGACCAUGGCGAUCUUGCCGUUUUUUGGGUAAAUCUUUGCGGUAUAUUUAAUAAACAAGGAGAAAAGAAAAAGGCUAUUGAUGCCUUACAAAAAGCUCGAAAAGAAGCAAAUUCAAGUAAUGAUAGGACACUACAAAAACAAAUUGAUAUUUAUAUAAAUGAACUAGGAAUGCAAUGAUGUGUAACCGGUCAGAAUUGUGUAAUGGUUAAAUUAAUAUUAAGAAUGCUGUCAAUUCAGACUCCAACACUAAGAUAAUAAGAUUUGGUACUCCCGUAGUAUGUGUACCAGGUUAGGGUUAUGCCAUAAUUUUAUUCUGUAUUUACUUAUUUAAGUACUAUACGAGUUUGGGACUGUAUGUGUUAGCAAAUGAAUACUCUCCUGCCCAUAUGUUUCAGUCUCUUUACACAACUUGAUGUAAAGUUGGCGAACAAAAUUAGUUACCUCCAUAUUGGUACACAUAAUUCUGUAGCGCCAAAGUUUUUUGUGAGACAUUUUCAUAAAGCUACUGAACAAAAUCAGCGUCAGGAAUCUUCCCAAUUUAGCAUUGCCUACUCCCCCCAGGGAGAAACUUGUUUUUGGUUUACUAUUGCUAAAAUUCUUCAGUUUUUUAAUAUUACUAUAAUACCUCCAUGCAUAAAUAAUAAUUCCUUUGGGUAAAUCUUUGUGGUAUAUUCAAUAAACAAGGGUAGUAUUGCUUAAACUCGUUAGUUUUCAAGUAUUACUAUUCUAUUAUUACUCAUUUAUGCAUACACUAUGAACUGUAUAAAAAUGUGCACAGAACACUAGCAAAGGAUUCUAACCUCAUUUUAUUUUUUGAAUUUUAUGCUUACUUGUUAAUUGAAAUUGACUGUGAUUUGUAUAAUCUUUGAUUAGACUGGGUGGGUGUGAACCCAGUGGGGAUAAUUAUCUUUUAUAGGAUUGAUGGACUCCUCGACGUCAUAGAGUGGUUCUUUCUCGUUACUGCUAGUCAGUUACGGCUUUCGAUAGACAUGCAAAAACUGUUAGUAUUUGAUUCUUGGCAUCGCUCUCUCAGUCAGUGUGCUUUACUUUUAAAUUGUUGCCGUUCGACUGUAUUAAACUGACUGUAUCUUAAUUUGAAUAAAUAAAUAAUACAAACGUAUUAUCGCACAGGUCCCCCCAAUACUGAUUCUCACUAGUUCAAGAUAAGAGUAGAGCAGAUACUUUCAUAGAGUGUGAUUGGAACAGAAAUUCAUUUGCGCUUUUGUCAUUAUUGUUCUAAAUCUGAAAUAGGCAAACUGCGGCCCGUGGGCCAAAUCUGUCCCAUUGGGUAAUUCAGUUUGGCCCGCCGGAUCCCGCCAAAACCAAACUAAUCUCACAUUUUGAUGUUUUGGUUUAAAAUAGCUCAAGGAAAUUUGUUGAGAUUGCGAAUGAAUAAAGUUUUGGCACAAGGCUUAUUGUUUUCCACUUUCGCAUAUGUAACACUGUAAUAUUGUAAUAACUUUUUACGUCAUGCUUACACGCCCGCCAGUCGUGAGUGAACAAAAUUUCCGACCCCUGGUCUAAAAAAGCCUUGCCCACCCUUGUACUAAGCACUUUCAAAUUUUAAUAAUCAGACCUAAAAAUGCACAUGUUUUUAAUUUUCUCUUGGUUUCUAUUUUCACCCUCUGAAUUGCUGAUUUAAAACGUUUUCACCAUGUGUGUAUUUUACAUGUGUAGAAUGGUUUUAGUCUAUUUGUACAAGGAAGUUUAUAAGACGCCUCAUAUGAAUAGUGACAACACGAGAUGCACAUUGAUGAAAUAAGAAUUUCGGCGUAAAUAUGG